AUUUCUCAGUUCAGUUUCAAGAAUCACGGAGUGGAUGAGUUUGUGUAUGCGCUUAUAAACCAUCGUGAGAGCUCAGGACUUAUGUCAUACGAACAAACGAUCAAAUAUGCUAGAUUUCCGUCACUCGAAGACAACAUUGAUAACCAAGGAUCGAUCUCAGGUCGCGCAUGCAAUGACCACAGGGAGGUAUUCGAUGUUCUUGACUGGUUAAAUGGACAGAAGAACGUUACAUCAAUUGUCGAGCUAAAGGUCCCAGACCGGAUGUUCAAACCGCAUAACGAGCUUGACAUUGCGGAAUAUGUGAAGAAAUUCGAAGUGGAAAACUUGAAUUGGAGAUUUUUAGAUCUCUCUCUAUCUAUCUUUGAUAAUGAGGUAAAGGGAAGAAUUAAAAAGCUUCAUCUUUAUGCAAGUGGUAAGCGUGUUGCAAUCGACCAUUGGCUUGGCUAUGAAGGCAUUACAUCAUUUCCAAAGGUAAGUCCCUCAUUGGUGGCUUUUCAUGGCUAUCUAAUACAUGCAGCUUUUAACUUUCAUGGCUCAUAG